AUGGUUUCAAGACAGAUUCUAAUUAUUUUUUUAUUAAUCGUUCAAAAUAAAGGGAACUAUUUUGAAAAUUCUGAUCCAUAUUUCACCUUACUCACUUCUCCUGCCCCUCGUCAUGUACGUAUUCAACAUAUCGAUGUUGAGACACAUUCUGACAUUGUAAUCGAUAUCCAAGCACCGCAUUUUUCCUGGCAGUUGGCACAUGUCUAUGAUCGACAAGGAAAUCAAAUACGAAAUAUUAAACAAACUGGUUAUCACAUUAUUGUCACUGAUAUUGUUCGACAUCAAAUCGUUUGGAAUAGUGGUUAUACAUCUUCAUCGUCAUCUACGCAUAUUCUCUAUGCUGGUUUACCAUUCAAAUCUGAUACUCGCUAUACAGUUCGUAUUAGCUAUUUCACCGCACAGUAUCAAAGUCAAUGGUAUAUUGGACAAUUCCGUACCGCUCUGUUUUCCCUCGAAGAUUGGACCGGUGAUUGGAUUGGAAGUAAUCAUAUUAACAUGAAUCAGUUACGUACGGUAGCUAAUUUAAAAUCUACAAGGAUUCAAUCUGCAACUUGCUUUAUUAGCGGUAUUGGUUAUUAUCAAUUGUAUGUUGAGGGAGAAUUAAUCGAUAAAUCACGACGAUUAGACGUUGGAUGGACGACAUAUCAACAACGUACACUUUAUGCUUCAUUUGAUUUAACUCAAAUCUUGAAUUCAACUGCUUCGACUAAUUUAGGUAUUGGUGUUAUCUUAGGACAAGGAUGGUACAAUCGUCAACAAUGGAUCAUUGGUCCGGGUGCACGCCCAGAACUUUCUGACAACUACGGUUCACCACGUGUUAUUAUGCAAUUGAAUAUUGUCUAUAUCGAUGGUACAAAUCAGUCGAUUAGUACCGAUUCAACAUGGUUGGGUCGAGAAGGUGAGCAUCGUGUUGAUUCUGUCUAUAUGGGAACGACAAUGGAUCUUCGAGCGGCACGUUCCUGUUGGUCGUGUGCCAAUUUUACUGAUCCCUAUUCAUUGUGGAUCAAUGCUUCGGUUUUACCUUCGCCAGUUAAUUUUACAGCUGGUGGCCAGUUUUCUUUACAAAUGAUGGAUCCAGUUCGAAUCGGACCGGAUGCACUGCAUAUUGCGACAUCAGGUCGUCGAGGUAAUGUCGAUGGAGUUCAGGGUGCUAGUCUAACUGACGGUGGUGUUUUAAAACCUAUCUUACAAGAACACGUCAACGGACAGCUAUUUGAUCUUGGCCAAAAUUUCGCUGGUUGGUGUAAAUUAUCCUCUUUGAAUGCUCCUAAAUCAACUGUUAUUCAACUUCGUUAUGGAGAAUUGAGAUAUUCUCGCGGGCAAAAUCAGAUCAAUUUCGCUGGUUUAUACUAUGAGAAUCUAGAUAGCAUCGCAGUCAUGGAUACAGUGGUCUUGAAUGGUACGGGCAACGAAACAUUUGAACCGAUAUUUACCUACCAUGGAUUUCGUUAUUUAUUAGUCAAUGGUUACGAUACAAUCAACAAAGAUAACAUUGAAUGUUACAAUGCACAUAGUGAAACGAGACUGAUUGCUAAUUUUACGAGCAGUAGUAAUGUGUUGAAUCAAAUUCAACAUAAUAUUCUUUGGUCUCAAUUGAGUAAUUCGAUGUCGUUGCCAACGGAUUGCCCUCAACGAAAUGAGCGUCGCGGGUGGAUGGGCGAUGCCGGGCUGAGUAUUGAUGAAACACUGUUUAAUUUUGAUUAUCUCAACUUUUACCUUAACUUUUUAACGAUGAUAGCAGACAAUCAGUCACCGGACGGUGGAGUCAGUGAUACAGUACCGUUUACAGUAGGUUUCAAUCCUGCUGAUCCAAACUGGGGCACAGCUUACGUACAAAUUACUUGGUAUUUAUAUGAGCAUACAGGUGAUGUUAGCAUUGUUGAAAAGUAUUAUAAAGGUAUUCAAGCGUGGGUCGACUGUUUGACUAAUCAACGCCAACGCACCGGUUUGGCACGAAUGUAUUACUACUGGGGUGAUUGGGCAACUGUACAAGGAACAGCGAAUACUUCCCUAGUAUCUUCCUAUGCGUAUCUUCGUGACGUAGAUACGUUUAUCAAUAUGAGCCAAAUCUUAAACCGAACUGACAAUGUGCAAAAAUAUACACUGUUAUAUCAAGAAUUAGCGGAUGAAUUUCAUCGUGUCUUUUACAAUAAUUUAUCGGGUGUCUACGUUGACGGCAGUCAGGCAAUGAAUAUCUUACCACUUGCUUUGCGAGCUGUUGUACCAACCUCAGUUCGAGCUGCCGUGCUCAGUUCAUUGAUAGAUAAUAUUGCCAAAACGGGUCACUUCACUGGCGGCAUUGUAAGCGUCGCACCACUCUAUCCUAUGCUCUCAAAUGAAGGACAUCAUGAUCUAGCAUUACAACUAGCACUAUCUAUUUCAUAUCCAUCGUACGGAUAUAUGUUUAAUAACGAUAUUCAGAAUGCGACAACUACUUGGGAACUUUGGAAUACACUACCGCAAGGUGCAACAGCGUCAUUGAAUCAUCAUAUGUUCAACAGCAUAGGCGCAUGGUUUUAUCGAUACUUAGCAGGAAUUGAAUUGAACGCUCUACAAACGAUUUCUAUCUAUCCUCGAAUGCCUUACAAUGCUAGUUUAUUAUCGUACGUGAAAGCAGAAGUCGUAACAAUCAAAGGAUCCAUUCGGGUAGAAUGGUCAAGGUUAUCCACGGAUACGGUGUCAUUAACAGUCGCAAUACCAACCAAUAUAGAUGCGAUUGUAUCGUUCGAUGCAUUGAUCAAAGAUGGGCAAUGUAUGAAAUUACUUUGUGACAACGAAAUCAUUUGGAUGAGAGGAGAAAAAAACGAUCAAUUGAGUUUUUUUAAACCGGUAAAUGGAGUGAGUGAUUUGUGUGAGAGUAAACGACACAAUGUUAUGUCAGUACGGGUGACAUCAGGUGAAUAUACAUUCAUUGCCUAUUGGGCGUAA